AUACCACACUGGUACCAUAUCGUAUUCUAAGGAGAAACCACCCACGUAGUGGUCAAAGUACUUACAGUUAAAUACAUUUUCUAGAAAAGUAUAAAAAUGAUAAAUUUUUUAUUAUAUGCACUAAUUUUUUUACAAUACCACACUGGUAUCAUAUGGUAACUAUAUAGUAUUAUAGUUUUUCAAAAAAAAAAACUGUUUCUAUGCUUCCAUUUACCAUAAUACCAUAUGGUAUGGUGAGGUAAGAUCACUUGAAAACCUGUUCAACAACCUUUGAUGUGUUGUACGCUAUAUUGCUUACUGGUAGAAUAUGGUAUAAUAUGGUAUGGUAACUAUAUAGUAUUAUAGUUUUUCCAACAAAAAAAAAACGAUUGCUAUGCUUCCAUUUACCAUAAUACCAUAUGGUAUGGUGAGGUAAGAUCACUUGAAAACCUGUUCAACAACCUUUGAUGUGUUGUACGCUAUAUUGCUUACUGGUAGAAUAUGUUAUAGUAUGGUAUGAUAACUAUAUGGUAUGGUAUGGUAUAGCAAUUCUUCUAUUCUGGAUGCAGGUACAUCAUGUCAAGACAAAGGGACGAUUUUCGCACAAGGUGCAGCCCAACAAGAAUCAACACACUGUCAAGGGCAUAACACCUGAACAGAGGGAAAAAUUGCAGGAAUUAGGCCUUGAUGGCUUAACAUCCAUCCAACAAACAAAGAUAAACAAGAACUUUGCUCUAUUCACAAUGAGCAAGUACAAUCCAACAAAGCAAUCAUUCAAGCUGCCUGAUGGAAACUACAUGAAGAUAUCUCCAAUUGACUUUCAUAGAGUUUAUGGUCUACCAAUGGGUAAAAAGGAAGUGACGCUCAAGAAAUUAUCACUGGAAGAAGCAAUAGACUAUGCGUUGCAGGUCCUACUAGAACUAGAACCUCCAGCUUCAAAUGGAAGGGUGAAAUUACUUAACGUAGAGCAUGAUGUUUCUAAUGCUCAUACCAUUGAAUUAUGGAUCAAACUGUUCUGGUUGCUGAUUACGGGAGGUCUAUUCUCCCCAUUUUCAAACCCUACUGCUGAGUUGAAUAUGCUGGAGUACUUGCAGCCAGGCAAAAUCAAGCAUUUCAAAGAAUACAAUUGGUGCAAGUUCUUCUUCGACUAUAUGAAUGAGGGGUUGAAAUAAAAAAACUUGUAUGUCAAUGCAGAUCUUCAUUUCUUAACAGUAAGUAUCUAUACCCUCAAUAACUUCAUUUCAAUUAGUAUACCCUAAAGCAUUACAAAAUCCUAGUACAUCAAUACUAAUACAACUGUUUCUCCUUCCUACAAACAAAUAAAAGGUAUGCUUCAUGUACAAGUUGGAUAAAAUUGCCUUCUCCACCCAGUUUCAAAUCCCAACAACAAACUAUUAUGAUGACCUUGUUGUGCAAAGAAACUAUGAAAACAUAGUCAACUACUAUAGUGGAGAAGCACUUCAUGAGCUAAUGAAGAUACAUGAUAAAG